AUGAUGAUGAGGUUGUGGCCGAAAAAGCUGUCCUGGCUUAAGUGGGUUGUUGUCUGGCUAGUUGUUGUUUUAAUAUGUUGGCUGCUUAAGACAUACGGAGUGUACGAUUGGGUUUAUGCGCGCUUAAUUCGCAAGCCAAGUGAUGCUACUCCAGAUAAUCUGACUAACCCAACUAAACCGACUAAAGUAGAUCAAGACACCCAAACAGAGCCUAUAACAACUCUGAAUGACAAACAGAAGAAGGAAAGUAGAGAGAAGAAACAGCCAGGAGCCAAAAUCAGUGAGAGUACAAGUUCUGCUGGCACAAAUACUAACUUGUCUUUGGAUUCUCAGUCCAACCCACCACAACUCCACCCAACCCAAGCCAACUCUAUACCAAGUAGUGAUGCUAAUGCGGAGCCAAAAAGCCAAGAAUCGGCAAGAAGUGCCAGUUCAACUGAAGUGGGUGUUGGGUUAGAAGAGGGGCCAGAAGAACAAGUGCGGCAUUUAGCACCUGUUCAAGAGGAAGAUGAGGAUGUGAUGGAAGAGGAGGAUGUGAUGAAUGUGAUGGAAGAGGAUGAGAAGCGGUCAGGAGAGGGGCCAGAAGAACGAGUUCAGCACUUAGCACCUGUCCAAGAAGAAGAUGAGGAAGAAGAAGUGAGUUCUCAACCAUCAACCAAUACUAAACUAACCCAAACCCAGCCACCCAACCCAACAACACCAGAUGCUCCACUAGUUAAGUGUCUGCAGGAAAUCCACAUGAUUAAGAAGCACGAAGACCACCGCUGGGUAUAUGACUCUAAUCUAUCUAAGUGGGACCUUUACUUAGAUGUGAAUGCAGUUCCCAGACCCGCUAAAAAUCCAGAGUAUCUUGUACUCUAUGCAACAAAAAAGAUACCCGCACCUCGUUGCCAGGAGUACAUUGAACAGCUUAGCUUGCUAAAAAGAGUCAGAUGCAGUAUUCCCGUACACGUUAACCUCCUAAAGAAGUGGCAGGGCCAUGAAGUAUUCAAAUUGAUUCUUAUUCUGCUGCGGACUGUCGAGGCCCCCAACUUAAUAAUUGCGUUAGGAGUAGAGAGCUUAUUCGACCCCAGCACAAUACAAACGGAAAAGGAUCUAGUAGGGCUAAAUUACUUAGUAGAUGGCAUUCCAGAGGAAAUGAAGACGAGAAGGACUUCUUUAGUAGCUAAUACAAAGCGUAUAGGUACAAAAUGGCGUAGUUUCUUUGGAAUGAUCAAACCGAUCUAUAACCUAUGUAAUGCCCACCCAGACAAACCUAGCAGUACUAAACCCAACCCAACUCAACCCAAUACUAGCCCUGUACCAACCCCGUAA